GCUGCUCCGUGUGCUACAGCGAAUGAGUUCGUAGGGAUUUUGGAUUGGGAAAAACAAGCAAUCCUCUUUGGACACGCCAUAUUGGCACUGUUAAGCUACCUAAGGGAUUUAAAAAUAAUAUUCUGUAACAUGCAACAUUCUCCUAAACGACGGGAAUAAAAUGGACGAAAUAUUUACAAUCAGUAACCUAGUGAUAUCAUCACAUGAAUUUGCUUUUGUAGCGUUUCAUUAACAACCGUGGCUUUACAGCUUAGAGACAAAAAUAUGGCAUUGUGUUUAGUUUGGUGAUUUAUCUAGUUAGAUUCAGCUAUGCAGUCUAGUUACCAACGUCGGUUGCCAUGGAGUAUGUUACAUUUCAUGUCAGCGAGUGCUGCUAACUCGCUGCCUACUGUGCAAACAACUUCCUUAACGGCUAGCUAGCGGACCGACUAGCGCACUAGAACUACCAAGGUGUAUCGUGCUGUGAAUGGGCUGUAACGGUCAGGACAGACGCAUAUGCUAGCUUGGUUUUUAAGAGUCAGUGGUAUUAUUGGCUGAAUUCCAAAUGUUAUAAUGGCACUUAAGACACAGGAAGGCGCAGCGAAGCCUGGUUCGGGAGUCGGCCUACGCAGCCGACCGUUUUCCAGCGAGAGAGACGGACAAGUACGAGCUGUCAAAGCCUCCCUUCUGGAGAGAUUAGGACCAUACGAACCUGUCCUGACCUACCUGCAGUCAGUACUGGUGUGGGAAAAACCGCUUCACAGUGUGUUGCUGUACACCGUGAUUAAUGCUAUAUUCUGGUUCUUUGUGAUGAGCUCUCUGCGCCUGUUGUUUCUGCUGUCCACUGGCCUGGCUGCCGCUGUGUGUGUGGACACCUGGAGGAACUGCAUCUGGCCAAAGAUCAGAGUAAAACGGGCAAGUGAUACUGAAAAUGAGAGCUGGGGGCUGGUGCAUCCUGGGACCCUCAGUGUUCCGGAGCUCUGUCAUCACAUGGCUGAGGCAUGGGUCAGUGGGUCGUCUUUCGCAGCAAGCUGUGUCAAAUUCAAACAGGAACAUUCUGGCAAGUUCUGUGUCCUGGCGUGCGGCUGCUUUACCUUGCUGGCAGUGGUGGGGCACUAUAUUCCCGGACUGGCCCUCUGCUACUCUGCAGGUGAGUGCAUCCAGAGGGAAACUUGCAAUCCAGAGCAUGCACUCCAUUCCUGGAGAGCAGUGCUGGCAGUGCUGCUGUUCCCGUUGGCAGUGUACCACCGGACGUGGGUCAGGCUGUGUGUUCUGCUGGAGCCGGCCUUGCGGCGGCUGGACUUCAGCGCGCGUGGCUACAUGAUGUCCCAGCCCAAGCAGAACCAGUUCCUCUGCAGGCCCGUUGGUCACAUGACCCCAGCUGAUGCCAGUGACAGUGAGGAGGAGCUGGCUGCAUUCUGUCCCACGCUGGAUGACACAGUGGUGGCCCGGGAGCUGGCAAUCACAGACUCUGAGCACUCUGACGCUGAGGCCUCCUACACAGACAACGGCACCUUCAACCUGUCCAGAGGCCCGACUCCUCUCACUGAGAGCUUGGAAGACCUGGACAGGCACAGCGACCCGGAGGAGUCCUUCGCCCGCGACCUCUCUGACUUCCCGUCCAUCAACCCCGAUGCGGCAGCCUUGGAGGACGACGAUGACACGAGCAUUGGGCUCCCCAGCCUGGGGCCCUCGGGCCUGUCCGGGCCCCGCAGCGCCGCCCUGCUGGACCUGGAGGACGAGCUGGACUCGGACCCGGAGGACGAGCUGGACUCAGAGCUGUCCUUCAGCGGCCUGACCUCGGCCCUGACCUCCGGCCGCGACCUCACCAGCGAGAUGGCGGGGGCCAUCGCCAGCAGCGUGUUCCAGGCCGCCCUGGAGGGGGCGCUACAGCCACGCCCGCCGACUGGGGUCCGCGGCGAAGGGCACGCCCAGCCCCACGCUGCCCGCUCCCGUGGCUUCCGCCACCAGUCCAGCUCUGAGCUGGACACCGACCUGGACGGGGAGGAGUUUGAGCUGCUGGACCAGUCUGAGCUCAGCCAGAUGGACCCCUGCGGGGCCCCCAGCCAGGGGGGCCUGCGGUCCAGGACCCAGGGGCCCAGCUUCCUGUCCAGCCUACUGGGAAAGCCCCAGUGAAGACCUGCCAGUGUGGAGUGAGUUGUGUUUGGCGGUUUGUAAAGGUGAAACAGUGUGCAGGAGGGGAUAGUGGUUGUAUUUGGCAGUUCAUAAAGGUGAAACAGUGUGCAGGAGGGGAUAGUGGUUGUAUUUGGCAGUUUAUAAAGGUGAAACAGUGUGCAGGAGGGGAUAGUGGUUGUAUUUGGCAGUUUAUAAAGGUGAAACAGUGUGCAGGAGGGGAUAGUGGUUGUAUUUGGUGGUUUAUAACGGUGAAACAGUGUGCAGGAGACUUGUCCAGACUUGUUCUUUGAUCCCAGCAGCCAGGCCUUCAGAAUCACUGUGAAGUUUUUUUUGUCAUUUACAUUUUCUUACUGAUGUGAAAACUGUAUUUGAUUCUAUCCAGGCAAGACAGAUUUUUUUACUUUUUUGUGGCAGAGCAAUAGGACACAUCUUAUCCAUAGAAAUAGAAAACUACGCUACAUGUGGUACAUUUUAAAAUGGGUGACAGAAUUUUCUCACGUGAGUCAAAACUACAGAAGCAGCAGCGGAAUGAAGAUGUCCCUGUGUUUAUCUGAGUGUAUAAUCCUAAUGUAGUCACCCAGAAAACAUGGGACCAGUCAUUAUUUCUGAAGUCACUGUCAAAAAUGUUUGUUCACCACUAAAAAAGAAGAAAAUAAGAUUAUAUGUGAGCAAUAUCAGAUUUCCCAAGGUUUUUGCCUUCAUAUAAUCUGUUGCAUUGUACACUGUGACUCAGCACAUAUUUUUUACAUUUAAUGGACACUCCAAUCCAGAGUGAGUUUUAAAAAAUGUGUAAAAAAUUCACCUCAGCAUCCAGCUUUAAAGGCCGAAGACAGUUCUUUUGUCCCUAUGUGAAGUUUUACUGUGAUCUAAUCUACGUGUGAGCCAGUGGUGAUGUGUACAGCCAGUUAGCUCAUUCACCCAGAGUAACUGGUGGAAACAAAAGCCUGCAUACACCGGCCCCCCAGGAUCAGAAGUGCCCCCCCCGAUCUAUCAUGUCAUUUAACGGUCGCUAAUUACAUGCAAUUUUACAUCGAGUUCACAGAGAAGUAUGUGGCAGUUAGAGCACAUUUAUAAAAUUUUAUUCAGUAGUAUUCGCCAGUUAAUAAAUGGAUACGAUUUACCAGUAACAAAGUUUGAAUUUUCAAAGGGCUUUUUUACUUUUUAUAGCAACUACGAAAAGGAACAAAAUCCUCAAGAUGAAAACACCUGAAGACAUCAUAGUUAACAAAUGCAAUGGCAGCUACACGGUAUUUCAGAUUGUUUUAUUACACAUGUAAAUAAAUCACCUGAAAAACUUUUAUUGCAGUGUUUAUGUGAAAUGGUGCAAAAAUACAGAAUAUACUGUACUGCACCUGGUCAUUAUGGAGAUACCCCUGAGACACCAGAUAUGUUUUUUUAAUGCUGCUCCUCUAUUUCAGAUAGUGAUAACCAUAUAGUGAAUCACAGGUUGAAUGCUUAUUUAUCACAGCUACUUGCCUUGUAAGUUUUGUAUUCCCAAUUCCAACUUUUCUUUAGUUUUAGGCUUGGCAUGCUUAAUAUCAUCGUAAGCUUCCAACAUCAUCUGUCAGGGACUGUCAUAAUAGAAGCAAUGAUGGGUAUAUGAAGUAUGUUUCUGCAUGUUUGCAUUUUUCUGUGUAAAGGGUUGCUUGCCUCUUUUGGUGUGGUUUAUACCUGUAAACAGUGUCUUCAGAGAGCAGCCCCCCCCCCCACCCCCCGACUCGUUUUGCCCUGUGACACCUCUAAAUGAAAUGCAUUUUAAAAUUUUCCGCCAGUAUAUAAAUUAUAUAUAUUAUAUAUAUAUUAUAACUAUUUAUGAUACAAAAAUAUUUUUUAUUCAACUUAAAGAUUUAACAUUCAUUUCACAUUUAUAGAAGUAUCCUCCUUUCCCCCCAAAUUACUUUUUAUUUCAUUUUCACUAGAGGGUGACUUGUGUCGCCGUAUGAAAAAGUCCAAUUUAAUUUGAAUUUGCAGAAGAGCAGAAUGAGAAAUUAUCUAUAGGGGGUGAGAACUUCAGAUGGCACUGUAUCAUCUGCAAAGCCAUCUACUCCUUCACCAUUUAAAAUUAAAUGUUUUAUACAUUUUUUUAAAGGUAUUUUGUGUAUUUCUAGUAUGUUGUCAGGGCAGCCGAUCUGGCGACCCAGCGGUGGGAGGGAUAGGGCAGCCGAUCUGGCGGCCCCAGCGGUAGGAGGGCCAGGGCAGCCGAUCUGGCGGCCCCAGCGGUGGGAGGGCCAGGGCAGCCGAUCUGGCGGCCCCAGCGGUAGGAGGGCCAGGGCAGCCGAUCUGGCGGCCCCAGCGGUAGGAGGGCCAGGGCAGCCGAUCUGGCGACCCAGCAGUGGGAGGGCCAGGGCAGCCGAUCUGGCGGCCCCAGCAGUGGGAGGGCCAGGGCAGCCGAUCUGGCGGCCCCAGCGGUGGGAGGGCCAGGGCAGCCGAUCUGGCGACCCCAGUGGUAGGAGGGCCAGGGCAGUCGAUCUGGUGACCCCAGUGGUAGGAGGGCCAGGGCAGUCGAUCUGGUGCCCCAGCGGUAGGUAGGGCCAGGUAAACCUGCACUCAUCCUUCCUGCAAAGGCAGAAAAUCCAGGUCAGAAAGUAAAAGUCCUUCCAGCAAUUCUGUUCUGAACACCUGAAUUUGCUGAUUAGCACAAUAGUUCAGCCAGCCAGUAGAACUAAUUAGUGAAAUCUGCUGGCUGAGUUCAUGGGUGGAAGAAACACAUGGCAUGACUUUUACUUUCUGGCCCUGGGCUUUACACCACCUUUUCAUGUUUAAGUUAUCUGUGUGUCAAGUCCAGACAAACCUGACAGUAAAUAAGAACAGAUGCAUGAGUAUAAGUGCAGUGUGUUAUGUGACUUCUGUCCUGGGAAUGUAAGCAUUUUCUGGCUCUUAAAAACUCAGUCUAGCUUAAUUUGUGUUGUUUGGUCAGGUUUCAUUUGUGUGUGUGUGGGGUGGGGGGUGGGGGGGUUGAGGAGAUUCCCACUUGUCAGCUUUUGUAUACAUAAAGCUAAAUGCCCAGUAAUUUAAUUUGUUUUGUGCUGUAUGGACAAAUAUAGUAAAAUGUGUGAUUAUAUUUGAAGUAUAUUUAACAUGUAAUUUUUUUUUUGUUUUGACCUGAGCAACUUUAGCAAGGAUUAUUGUUGUUUACGGGGUUGUUGGGGCUGAACAGGUCAUAUGAUAAGCUUCCCUCUCUUCAGAGGGUACAGAGGGUGUCUUUAGUAUGUCUAAUUAAAAAUGUUUUUUUCUCUAUAA